AUGACGGCGGAAAUGCGUGAUAUGAUCAACCAGUUGAUGGGCACCAAUCGGGCGCAGGAAGAGGGCCGUCGCAUCGUGCCCUACAAUCAUCAUUCGGUGUGCCGCGCAUUCCUGUUGGAUUCCUGUCCACAUGAGAUAUUAGCCGAUACGCGGCUCGAAUCACUCGUCGCCUGUAGCAAGGUUCAUGAAAGUGCGCAUAAGGCCGACUAUGAGAAUGCACAGAAAAAGAAGGAUCAUUUUUAUGAUUUAGAUGUAUGUGGUUUUCUUCAUUCAUUCCCUCUUUUUGGCUGA